GUUCCCCGAAAUGUGAUUUCUUUCUUUUAAAAGAUAGGCCUCUUUGUCACUUGACGAUUACAGGGUAGGAUACACAGCACUAGAGGACGCAGAAAAAUGGGUCGAUUCAAGUGGACAGUUAUAGUAGGCCUUUUGUUAACACUCAGUUUCAUAAAUCAGAUUUCUUGUGAAGAAGAAAGUAGAGAGACGCCAGAAGAAAACAAAGAAGAUCUUCCUAAAGUUGAGGAAGAUGCAGGAAAAAGCAGAGAUGGAUCAAAAACAGACGAUGAAGUUGUUGAACGUGAAGAGGAGGCAAUCAAGUUAGAUGGACUUAGUGUUGCUCAAAUGAAAGAACUGAGGGAAAAAUCUGAAAAGCAUGAAUUUCAAGCAGAAGUCAAUAGGAUGAUGAAACUUAUCAUCAACUCUUUAUACAAAAACAAAGAAAUAUUCUUGAGGGAACUUAUUUCAAAUUCUUCAGAUGCUUUAGACAAGAUAAGAUUGUUGUCCCUCACAGACAAAGCAGCCCUUGGAGCUACGGAAGAACUCUCCAUUAGAAUUAAAGCAGACAAAGAUAAUAACGUGCUGCAUAUAACAGAUACUGGAAUUGGUAUGUCAAAAGAUGAUCUGAUUAAUCAACUUGGAACUAUUGCUAAAUCUGGUACAAGUGAAUUUUUGCAAAAAAUGCAGGAUGCUGCUACAGAGGGUGCUCAAGCUUCAGAUUUGAUUGGCCAAUUUGGUGUAGGUUUCUACUCUGCUUUCUUGGUUGCUGAUAGAGUUGUUGUUACAUCAAAGAAGAAUGGUUCCAAUCAAUACAUUUGGGAAUCAGAUGCUUCAUCUUUCUCUGUCAUUGAAGAUCCACGUGGUGACACUUUGAAAAGAGGGACACAAAUCACGUUGCACCUCAAGGAAGAAGCCAGAGACUUUUUGGAACAAAACACUGUUAAGGAUUUGAUUAGAAAAUAUUCACAAUUUAUCAACUUCAAUAUAUUUUUGUGGACAAGCAAAACAGAAGAAGUAGAAGAGCCAAUUCCAGAAGAUGAGGCUGACAAGAAGGAUGAUGCAGCUGAUGACAAAAAGGAUGAUGAGAAGAAGGAUGAGGGAAAGAAAGAUGACGAAGAUGAUGCCAAGGUAGAAGAAGACAAAGAGGAAAAAGAAAAGAAGCCUAAGACAAAGAAGGUAGAGAAGACGAUUUGGGACUGGGAGUUGAUCAAUAUGAAUAAACCAAUCUGGUUGAGGAAAGCAAAAGAGGUUAAUGAUGCUGAAUACAAUGAAUUUUACAAGGCAAUCAGCAAGGACACUGAAGAUCCACUUGCAAAGAUACACUUUACAGCUGAGGGUGAAGUAACUUUCAGAUCCAUUCUCUUUGUACCAAAAUCUGCACCAUCUGGAUCCUUCCAAGACUAUGGAAACAGGAAAGAAAACAUCAAGAUGUAUGUGCGAAGAGUUUUCAUCACUGAUGAUUUUGAGGACAUGAUGCCCAAGUACUUGUCCUUUAUCAAAGGUGUUGUUGAUUCAGAUGACCUUCCACUUAAUGUAUCACGUGAAACUCUUCAGCAGCACAAACUUCUUAAGGUUAUCAAGAAGAAGCUCGUAAGAAAGGCUCUUGACAUGAUAAAGAAAAUCCCAGAUGCAACAUACUUGGAUACCUUCUGGAAGGAAUAUAGCACAAAUGUUAAAUUGGGAGUUAUAGAGGAUCAUUCCAACCGUACCCGUCUUGCCAAGCUGCUUAGAUUCUACUCAUCAAAUUCCAAGGACAAGUUCACAAGUUUAGCUGAUUAUGUUGGCAGAAUGAAGGAAAAACAAGAUACAAUUUAUUUCAUGGCAGGAACUUCAAGGAAUGAAGUAGAGAACUCACCAUUUGUUGAAAGGCUUUUGAAGAAGGGCUAUGAAGUCUUGUACCUUACUGAACCAAUUGAUGAAUAUUGUGUCCAGAGCCUGCCAGAGUUUGAAGGAAAGAAGUUCCAAAAUGUUGCUAAAGAAGGGCUGAAGAUGGGUGAUGAGGACGAGAAAGCCAAACAAAAGAAGGAAGCUCUAGAAAAAGAGUUUGAACCACUCCUAAAGUGGUUAAAAGAUGAACCCUUGAAAGACCAUAUUGAGAAGGCUACUCUUUCUGAUCGCUUGACCCAGUCUCCAUGUGCUUUGGUUGCUAGUUCGUAUGGUUGGUCAGGUAAUAUGGAAAGAAUCAUGAGAUCGCAAGCUUAUGCCAAAAGCAAGGAUCCUUCACACGACUUCUAUGCCACACAAAAGAAAACAUUGGAGCUAAAUCCUGGCCAUCCAUUGGUAAAAGAAUUGCUAAAGCGUGUGACAGCAGAUGAUAAAGAUAAAACUGCCGGUGACUUGGCCAGAGUUCUUUUCGAGACUGCAACUUUACGAUCUGGUUACACUGUCCAGGAUUCACUGGACUUUGCACAGCGCAUUGAACGCAUGCUUCGAUUGAGUGUCGGUGUUGACGUAGAUGCCCCAGUUGAGGUGGAAGAAGAACCUGCUGAGGAGGAAAAAACUGAGGAAGUUUCUGAUGAAGAAGAUGACGAGUCGAAGGACGAUACAAAGGAAGAUGACGCUGCAAAAGAGAGCGAAACCUCGGAGAAGAAGGAAGAAGGAACAAAGGUUGAUGACGGAUCGGAGGACACUGUCGAAGGUGAAACAAAGGAAACUCCUGCAGAAGCCAAAGAUGAAUUAUAGUCAUUUUCAAAAUUUAAGCGAAUGUUAACGGAUAUAGAGAUGUUUUGAAAGACUGGUUGAGGCUAAAGCAUGUCCUCUUGCUGUCCAGUAAUUAGCAACUGAUGGUUUACUGGCAACAGUGAGACGAGUAUUUCGCAAAACAGGGAACUCAUUUCAUUCGAUCAAUAUCGCUCUAUGCACGUCCGUUUGUGAAUACCUGCGUUGCGUUCUUUAUAAAUUAGAAAUGCACAAUUUCAUAUGCUUGUAUUUCACCAUCUCUUUAAAGCUUGCAAGUAGGGUUUGCAAGAUUUUUAGCCGGACGUGAUAUAAGGUUUGAAUCUGGGAGAAUUUUAGAUAUGAAUAAAUGUUCUUUCAUAGUUAAAAGAUGUUAUGAAAUAGAAAAAUGCUGUUGUGA